GUUAUUUUCUUGGAAGAUUCUUUGGGCCAACACCGUCAUCAUCAUUUUGUUUCUUUGCAGGCCUCGCCAAUUCCACAAGUGCCUCUGUGCCGGGAUGCUAGUCAUGCUCAUACCCCUUGUCUCUAUCCUCUGGAUGCACACCCUGGACCCCGUCGACGCCCACGCCACGCGUGAUAACGUGGGCUGCGGCUUUCACUUGUCGUGCUCGGGAGCCUUCAACGGCUCCGUCGGCGAGAAAGGUAGUGGCCAGGCCCACGCUGGCAGCGACGUGUCGACGCCGAGCUUGUUCACUUGGUUCGGCGAUGCUUUUGCUGAUCAGCAGGGUAGUGGGUGCUGGUGGACUCCUCCGACGUUUACCCUCCAGUGUGACAAGAAUCAACCGCCGGACCACGGGUUUGAUAUCGGCUGUGACGGCGUCCUGUCAUUCAGUGGCCAGUCCGUCUUCUACGAGUGUCCGACAGGAGAAGGGGACGAAGUAAAUCUCUAUCUCCGUCCUGUCGGCGACCAAUGCCAUGAAGUCACCAUCCACGCUGAUAACUGCGCGCCGUCUACAUGUCCUGGUGGUGGCGGAGCUGGUCCGGUUCCUGGAGCGACGAAUUCACCUUCGACUUCUGCUACUACGAUGAUUACUGCACCAUCUUCUCCAAACUCACCGCCAGGAAGUCCUUCUUCGGGACCUGCAACGUUAUCAUCUUCUACGACAUCGCCGGGCCCACCGACCCGAACUCCUUUCACGACAAAUGGCGGGACUACAAAAACGAGCAUUACAAGCACAUCGACAAUCACCACGAUAGUACCCGGUAGUAGUAGCGGCACCGGCUCCUCUACGUCUACACCCCCGCCCGGAUCAACAUCUAGCUGUGUGGAGACAGGCCCUGAACAAAUCAUCCUCACGGACCUAGGCAACCCAGACACGGCCUAUGGCCCGAACGACGGCAAGCACAUCCAGGUGUCGCCCAACGCCUCAAGCAUCUUCAACUUCCGCUUCGAUGACGCAGACGUGGGAAAGACGUGUCAGAUCUCGUUCCGGCUUACUUCCUCUUCUGCUUCACCCCACGGAGGAGGAGGAGCGUUCAACUUGACGGGCACGGGAAUUGUCGUCUUCGAAGCCCUCGAGGGUUGGGCAAACAGUAAUACCACGUAUAACUCGAUGCCGCGCGUCGUGCAAACCAUGGACGACGCCGUGCUGUUCGAUGGCCUUGACCGCGCGUUUCCGGCCUUCCCGUGUCCUGGCUCGUCGACUCGGUCUGCGGUUUUGUUGUCCGAGGGCCCCAUGGCUGAUACUUGUCUCGACUGUGUGCAGGGAGGUGGUGUAGGGAUGUUUUUGAGAAAGUGCUAGGGGUGGUUUACUGGAGAAAAAGAGAGAUGGAUAUUUACUUUUGGGGGUUUGGCUGGGCUCGUUUUGAUUUUCCUUACGUUACAUUCGGGAUCGCUUUUUUUCUGUUUU